AUGGAUUAUGAUAUAGAAAAAGGCAGACGUGCUGGCAUCCCUGAGGAGUACUUUUCUCUGACUGAAAAUGCAGAGACGGGCGAAGAAAGCGUGCGUGCCGGGGUUGCCGACAGUGCACCUCCUGGCCUGUCCCGGGCUUCCUCUCCCUCCCUCCCACGGGCAGCCUCCUGGCCUGUCACGGGCUGCCUCUCCCUUCCUCCCAAGGGCAGCCUCCUGGCCUGUCCCGGGCUGCCUCUCCCUUCCUCCCAAGGGCAGCCUCCUGGCCUGUCCCGGGCUGCCUCUCCCUCCCUCCCAAGGGCAGCCUCCUGGCCUGUCCCGAGCUGCCUCUCCCUCCCUCCCAAGGGUAGCCUCCUGGCCUGUCUCGGGCUGCCUCUCCCUCCCUCCCAAGGGCAGCUUCCUGGCCUGUCCCGGGCUGCCUCUCCCUUCCUCCCAAGGGUAGCCUCCUGGCCUGUCCCGGGCUGCCUCUCCCUUCCUCCCAAGGGCAGCCUCCUGGCCUGUCCCGGGCUGCCUCUCCCUCCCUCCCAAGGGCAGCCUCCUGGCCUGUCCCGAGCUGCCUCUCCCUCCCUCCCAAGGGUAGCCUCCUGGCCUGUCUCGGGCUGCCUCUCCCUCCCUCCCAAGGGCAGCCUCCUGGCCUGUCCCGGGCUGCCUCUCCCUUCCUCCCAAGGGCAGCCUCCUGGUCUGUCCUUGGCUGCCUCUCCCUUCCUCCCAAGGGCAGCCUCCUGGCCUGUCCUUGGCUGCUUCUCCCUUCCUCCCACGGACAGCUUCCUGGCCUGUCCCGGGCUGCCUCUCCCUCCCUCCCAAGGGCAGCCUCGUGGCCUGUCCCGAGCUGCCUCUCCCUCCCUCCCAAGGGCAGCCUCCUGGUCUGUCCCGGGUUGCCUCUCCCUCCCUCCCAAGGGCAGCCUCGUGGCCUGUCCCGGGCUGCCUCUCCCUCCCUCCCAAGGGCAGCCUCGUGGCCUGUCCCGGGCUGCCUCUCCCUCCCUCCCAAGGGUAGCCUCCUGGCCUGUCCCAGGCUGCCUCUCCCUCCCUCCAAAGGGCAGCCACCUGGUCUGUCCUUGGUUGUUUCUCCCUCCCUCCCACGGACAGCCUCCUGGCCUGUCCCGGGCUGCCUCUCCCUCCCUCCCAAGGGCAGCCUCCUGGCCUGUCCCGGGUUGCCUCUCCUUCCCUCCAAAGGGCAGCCUCCUAGUUGUUAAGUCUGAUGAUGGUCCGCGGUAG